AUGGAUCAAGAAAAUAAACUAUUGUUUGAGUAGAAUUUAUAGAAGAUAUUGGAAGGAUCUAUCUAAAAUAAUGUUCAAAAAGUAUUUAUCAGAGUUUUAUUUGAAUACUUGAAAAAGAAUAAAGAUUAAAUUAAUAUAAAAUAACUUUAAGAUUCUGGAAUAGUUAAAAUUUGGAAGAAUUUUCAAUUUUAAGAAAUGAGUGAAUUCAUUGAAAUUUUUUAGUUAAAAGAUUAGUUCACUGAAUAUGAGUAAGAUUUAAAUAAAUUUAAGGAUAUAAUUUCAUUUGGAAGAUUUUAUUAAGAAAAAGAAAUUUGAGGAGGCUUUCUAGUUUUAUAAGGCUUUAAAGUUACCAUAGAUUUAUUUUGAUAAUUUAGUAAAUUAAAUGGCAUAUUAAAAUAAAGCUCGCAAAGCUGCAGAUUUUAUCAAAUAAUUAGAUUAUGAUCCAGCUAAUAAUCCAAAAAUAAUUGAGAGACUAGAAAAAAAUUGCAUAAGAUAUUUAUCUAAAGAAUAUCCUUGGUUUAAAUGUGAAGAAAUGUUGUUAUUCAAUCCAUCAUUAUUAAUUUAUUAUUGUGAAGAUUUAUAUUAUCACGGUAAGAAAAAUAGAAGCACUUUCAAUAAUAAAAAGAAAUAACUUAUUAACUUAAAUCAAGAAACAAAAUUUAAAGGAAAAUAUGCAAAAGGAUUUCUUCGAAGAAUUCCAAGUAAUUCCAAACAUUUAUUUAUAAAAGAUGAAUUUAAAAUGGUGUUUACUUGAAUUGCUCUGAUUUUGGUUAUUAAGAAAAUUAGAUAAUUAUUAUAGAUUAAAUUGAUUAGUAUUAUUUUGAUGCAUGGAAAUCAAUUAAUUAAAGCGAAGUUGUUGGUACAAUUAUUAUUAAUUCAAUAGGUUACGAUUGUGAGAAUGUGACACCUUGGACUAAAUUAGAAUCUAAUAGUAUUCAAGUCUGUUUGAUUUAAAUAGCCACAUAAAAUCGUGCAUUUUUGUUUGACGAUUAAAAGUUGAAAAAUAUUUAAGAAUUUAAAGAUGAUAUAAAAUAGCUAUUGGAGAAUGUAGAUAUUUAGAAAAUUGAUUAAAAUUUGAAGGAUGAUUUAAGCAAACAAUAAAUAACUUGAAAUUGUAGAAUAUAAUCGUUAGAUUAGUCGUUGAAUUAUAAAAUAGUUUUAAAAUAUUAGAGAAGGAAACAAAAAUAAGAUCAUUGGCAUAUAUUUCUGAAUUUUAUUUUAAAAAGAAAUUGAGCAAAUUUGAGACAUG